AUGAAUAACAAUAAAAACGAUAAGAGUGAUCUAACACUAAAAAAAAUCAGAGACAGCACAAGUGGAAACAAAAGAGUCAAUAAGGCUUGUGAUGAUUGCAGAAAAAGAAAAAUAAAAUGUACAGAACUGGAUCCUGUAUUAGGAAAAUGUACUAAUUGUAUUAAAUUAGAUGUGGAUUGUACUUUUUAUCAUUAUGAGAAUAUGGCAUUGAGGAGGAAGGCUAAGAGACAACUAUACUUGAAAGAUCACACUAUUAAGGAAUUAGAAAUUAAAAGACGUUUAGAAAAAGUUGUGGGAACAUUAAAUUCCGCCUCUACUGGUGAUAUUUCUGAAAUUUUAGCCUCUACCGAACCCUUAAGUCCAGCUUCCAGUACAUUAAUGACUGCUACAACUAUUACAGGGACUAGUCACCCUAACAAUUGUAAAAAUGAUAGUGGUAGCAAUGACUUUGGCAAUCCGAACGACCUUGAAAUUUUGGAAAUAAAAAAGGACAAUUACAUUAAUCAUUACUCAGAGAACACCGCUCAUUUAUACCAUGAUAACUAUCAGCUUGACGAUAUUUUAAUACCAAAUACUGCUGACAAGCUGGAAAAUAAGGCAAAUUAUUUGGACACUGCUUUUGUAGGUAAUGAUGACAAUACUUUUUCUAAACUGACGGAGAGUGAUGAUGAUGAUGAUGAUGAUGAUGGUGCUAAUAGUAAUACUAAUAAUACUAACAGUAAUAAGACUAGCAAUAACAACAGCAACAACAACAACAGCAACAACAACAACAGCAACAACAACAACAUCAACAAUACUAAUAAUAGAGAUAGUAAUAUUAAUAACAAUUCUUCUCAAAUAGAUAGAAUAGAAAACCAAUUAAGUAAACUAACAAAGUUGGUAAAUAUAUUAAUGAAUAAUUUGCCUACAGCUGUUGGUCUAAACAUAAAUAACAAUAGUUCGAAACAUACUAAUAUUUCAGGAACUAAGCAAUUAUGCAAUAAAGAUUCUCAACUUUCCAAACAGCAAUAUUCACUCCAAAAAAAGCAUAAUACAGAAAUACCCCUUUCUGAUUCUUGGCACAGCAAUAAAUUUCAAAAAUAUUCUAUACCUAGCAAACAACCAAACUCAAGCAACAUUACUAAUGAUGAUAAUCUUUAUAAUCAUUUGGUACAGCAGCAAAUGCAAGCUAAUCUAUUUAAUAAUCCUACUACUUUACCAAUAAAAAAUUGCCCAAUGACUUCAUUUUCAUGUUUAUCAGCUAAUUAUAAUUAUAAUCUAAAAUAUAGUUAUUAUAAUCCUUUGGAGUGCUCAAUAAAUAAUUCAGUAACCACUAAAAAUUGGGAACAAUUGUUGAACAACAACAAAAACAAAAUUUCACAUUUUGCUAAAUCAUUUAAAAAUAUCAAAUCUAAAUUUGAUAAAUUUUUGAUUUUGAAGUACUUAGAGUCCAAAAAAUAUAAUCUAUUAAAUUACUAUCAUAUUAAUAACGUAGAAAAGCCGUUUGAUUCAUAUUUACCAAACGAUACAACUAAUACUAAUAAUAAUUCCUAUCGUUAUUCCAAUAUUAUUAAUAUCCAAAAUUCAGACAUCCCGCACCAAGAAUUUGAUUCUAAUCUUGAAUAUCAAGAUCCAGAUGUUUUCCAAGUUUUCAGGUUCCCUCCUUUAAAUAAAUGUAAAAGAUUGAUUGAAAUUUUUAAUAAAUCAAAAUUGGGUACUAAAAUAAACUAUUUUCAAGAUGCUGAUAUGAACGCAAUAUUAGAUGAUAUCUUUAGCCUAGACAGAACGCAUAAUAAAUCUAAAGAGGGACAACUUAUCAAAUAUUUUACUUUAAAUAUCGUCUUAUGUUUGAGCGCAUACAUUUAUAGAUCUACUGCUAAAGAUGAUUUUUUGGUGAGAAAGGAUAAAAUUGUUUUUGAUGCUUUUGAACUGUAUAAUAUUGAACUAAAAUGUCUGUGCAAUUCCACCUAUUAUUUCCGUAUGAUUUGUAUUUGUUACGAAAGUUGGAGGUGUUUAAAACCUAUAUACCUAUUUUUUACAUAUUGCUCAUGGAACUUUUCAGAAGAAAUUUCUCACAAUAUCUUGGCUACCUUUUUAAACAUUGCCCAAAGGUUGGGCUGUAAUAGACUAUUAUGUGAAAAUAAUGAAUCUCCACAAACAUACAUGGCUAAAGUACAUUUAUAUUGGCUGGCCUAUAUGGAUAAUGUAACCAGAACUGUUAAAUGGUGUGAUAUUGCAAUUACAAAUUUCAAAGAUACUGAUUUAUUUACAGAUUUUGGCAUAUUACAAAUUAUGAAAGUUUUUAUUGUUUGGGAUGAUUCGUUUCCGUCCAGCCUUGUUAAAGAAGUACAAUCAGCAAAUAAUGUUCAAGCUUUAUUGAAUAUUUGUCAUGGAGAAAUUAAGCUAUUCCCGAUUUGCAUAUUAUAUUGUAUCUCUAGCUUAACUGAUAUAAUUACUGAGAUUUACGGAAGCUUCUUUAUUGCACCUGCAUUAUUAAAUUAUAAUUUCGAUCAAAUGUUGGAUAAGUUUAUUUUUUUACAGGGACAAUUGAACAAUUGGGAAUAUAAUUUACCAAACACAAUAAAAUUGGAACAUUAUAAACAAAGUAUCUCGCUAUUUUGUGAUCGUUAUAAAGACCAUGAAGAAAGAGUUCUGACAUACGGAGUGUUUGUGGAACGAAUCGAGUAUAUGAAUAGUCAGUACAACUAUAUUCAUUGCGUUUUGGCUGGAUUCAUACUAAAUUUUAUUCAAGAUAAUAAAAAAUGUAUUGUCGAUUCCCGGCAUGAUGUGGAUGCAAUACUUGAACACUCCAUUAAGCAAGUUAAAAAAUAUGCCGUGGAAAACGUUAAAUCAUUGAGCAAUAUUGAAGAUUUAUCAGAUAUAGGUGUUGCUGAGUUGAUUAAUAAUUUUUUUAUUGGGUUUAAUAAUUUAUUUUGUAUCACUAUUGGAAGCGAUCCUAAUGCUAAUGAAACAUUUGAAUAUGUAAAACUAAUUGCUCAAUCAUUUAAUCAAUUCAAGGCACAGUUUGCUCCAUUAUCUGAAGCUACCACAAUCACAUCAACGCCGUAUAACACAACAAUAUGUUUCAUGUAUUCGUUCAUAAUCGAAGCCACAGAUAUAGUGUUGAAAUUUUAUGACUAUGAUAAAUGUGAUGACAGCGUAUUACAGGAUAUUAUUGGUACAACUUUUAGUGACAUAAGAGAAGCUUCCAAGAUUCUAAAUAGGUUUUUUGAAGGUAAGAAAGAAGGGUUGUUAAAAUUAGAACAGUUACUUUAUGAAGCUAUACCUAUAAAACAAAAUUAUAGAUCUGUUUUAACGGGCGAUUUGUUGCACAAUGGUAACCGGAAUGAUGGAAAUAUUUAUAAUAAUAUACAUGUUGAUAAUAGUGUUAAUAAUAAAGCUGCAAAAUUAGCCUGUGAUAAACUUCCGUUUUCAAUUUAUCGAGUAUCACCGUUUCAUAAACAAUAUGAAUUGAUGACGAAACUGUCAAAAAUGUUGGAUUUAAGUGUAUUCUAA